CCCUCCCCAAUCAUUCGCCGAGGGCGACCGGAACAGAGCAGCCGGUCACUUCAAGUGGCUGACAAAUCCAUCAUCUGCCUUUUAUACACGAUCCUCCUCAUCUUCUUCACGGACACUGAUUGCUAGAGAGCUCGAGAGUUCUCCACGUGUGAAGCAAAAGCCUUAUCGAUAAACGACUCUUUCUUCCAUAUCACACCGCAGUCUCGCCAUCGUUUGAUGCUCUUCGCUCCCACUCGACAACUUCUUCUCAAAAUGACGAACUACAAUAUCACCAUCACGAGCGAUAUCGUAUGUCCAUGGUGCUUCAUAGGUCAUACGCGUUUGUCUCGCGCGAUCGCCGAGCAUAAAAAGACAUAUCCCGAUGACAAGUUUCACUUGAAAUACUUACCAUUUUAUCUCAACCCACCGCCACAGUUGACCGCCGGUAGCGGUCCGGCACCACCACCUUUCCCAGCCCCAUCGCGCCCAAGACGUGAAAUGUACGCCGCCAAGUUUGGGCCUGAGCGCGCCAAGCAGAUUGAGGCUAUGAUGGGCCAGACCUCCCGUGGGGAGGGGCUCAACUUCAAAUUCGGCGGUAUGACAGGACCCUCGAGGAACGGACAUAGACUGGUCCACUGGGCGCAGGACAAAGGAGGUGAGGAUUCGCAGAACAAGGUCAUGCUCGGUCUUUGGAGGCGCUAUUUUGAGGAGGAAGUUGACAUCACCACUCUCGAAACCCUAGUGGAUGUCGGAUUGGAGGCCGGACUUGGCACCAAGGAGGAAAUCACCGAGUAUCUGACCUCUGGGAAGGACGGAGAGUUGGUCGACAAAGAAGCAGAGGAGGCACAUAUGAAGGGCAUCUCCGGUGUGCCCUUCUACGAGAUCAAUGAUAUGUGGGAGGUAUCGGGGGCCCAGGAUCCCCUAGCUUUCAAGAAGCUGUUCGCGAGGUGGAAGGAGUUGGAGGCCAAGGGACAAGUCCCUGUGAACGAUGCUGGAGCAAAGACUUCCGCCGGAAACGGCUGCUUGUGAGGUAUCAUGAGGAGAAGAGUGGUCUGUGACCGAGAAACUUUUUCCGCCAUUAUCCUGGAGUGUCAAUGGGUUGCUGUCGCCAAAGAAGCAUCACAACCGCAUGGCGCGUCUCAGACCAACAACGAGCAGAGCCUCAAAAUCCACGGGCACAUUCCUCAUACGAGUUGAAUAUGUCUCUUUCUCUGAUUUAGAGUACGUGGCACGCUCUCUCCCAGAGGUGAUCUGGGUAUAUGGUACAGCAUUGUUCAACAUUUGACUUUUCUUCGUCUUUCGACAACCUGCCCUGGGUAUGCAAAAAGCCCGCUUUACAAUGACCUUGAUCUUCUCCAUCUCCUCCGACCAGCACUUCGCGACUCCAAUUGUAACCUCGUCAUCCCUCACGUUAUAUGC